AUGGCUCCGUGUGCCUCGAAGACAAUGUGGGGCAGCGUGGAGAUGGCCCUGACCGGCCUCUGCGCCGUCCUGCUCUGCUGCGUCCCCAUGCUGGCCAGCUGCCGCCGGGGCAGCUCAGCCACCUUCUUUUGCAAUAUCUCCAUGGAGAAUGACUCUGGGUUGGAGUACAGCCUCAAUUGGUACAAGGAGACCAACCACAGCCAAGCCCAAAAAAUUGCUGAGAUCAGCCGGAACAACCCACAGACGAAGACAGAGAAGUACCUGCUCACCAACCACACUCCUGCCUUCAAGAUUGAGAUCCUGAACCUCUACCAGAAUGACUCAGGCUCCUACUACUGUGGACUAAUCACCUUCUUUGAACCCGAUAAAGUGAUGGAGAGCAGCCGGUCCCACCUGGUGGUCACAGCAGCCCCUGAGAAGACAAAUGCCACAGAUGAACCCGAGAUGGAGGAAGGCAGUGCCCCGAACCACAGUAGGGCUGUGCUCGUGGGCAUCUUGCUGCUGACUGGGGCGGUUGUGCUGCUGAUCUUCGGCUACCUCACCGUCACGUACCGGAGAGGAGAUGUGCAGAAACCACCAAGUGAAAACACACCAGCGAAGGAAGAAAAGCCCCCCAUGGUGUCCAUAUCCACUGUGGACUACGGCGUGCUGGAAUUUCAGUGCGACCAGCGCACCCAGGUGCCCCCCGAGACCCGGCCGGUUGACCAGACUGAAUACGCCACCAUUGUCUUCCCAGAGGAGAAACCUGUCACGCCGGAGCGGGGGAAGAAACACCAGGAUGAGAGGACUCGGCAGCUGCAGUCACAGCCCUGCUGA